AUGGCCUUGGCAUACCUCUGUAGGCAAUGGGAGGUUCGGAGGCAAAAGCAGAAAUGGCAACAGCAACAACACCACAUUCCCGGGUUAACGAACAGUAAUACUAGUAGCAAAGACGAGCCAAGCGUAAUCGCUUUCGUUGUCGAUCAUAAAGCCCGGCCUGAAAGUACAGAUGAAGCAAACACGGUUGCUACCUGGCUUCGAGAACUAGGAAUAACAACGGAGAUCCUCCCCCUGGACUGGACAGGUAUCGAUCACUCCGCCUUCGAAACCCAAGCCCGGCGUCUACGGUUUCAAGCAUUGGGGAAAGCAUGUCGAGACCGCGGCAUUGAUGCGCUCCUCUUGGGCCACCACCAAGACGACAACGUGGAAACGACACUCUGGCGGCUUUCAGCUGGCGCUAGAGGCGCGGGUCUAACCGGAAUUUCGCCAGUUGCGAGGAUCCCGGAGUGUCAUGGGCUUUAUGGAGUGGCGGCAAGUGGGAGUGCCGUUUUUGCUAGGGACUAUUGGCAAGACCAGAAGCACGAGAUCGAACAGACAAGAAGGGGAGAAUUGCCAGUAUCUACAGGCGGAAUUAUAAUCCACCGUCCUCUCCUCUCCUUCCCAAAAUCAAGACUCCUGACAACAUGCCAUGAAAAUGGGAUCCCAUAUGUUACGGAUCCAACAAACUUUGACCCAACCCUUACGCCGCGUAAUGCGAUCCGUUCGUUGCUGGCAAGCAAUUCUCUUCCCCGAAAGUGUCAGGGUUUGGUUCGGGACUCGCAUGAUCUCUCCGACAAGAUUCUUGCUUCAAGAACUACAUUGCUUGGGCUUCAACUCAAGUCGGGGUCUCUUACUGUUCGAUUCAAACCUGGACCAUGUACCUGGUCUUCUCAUGACGAAGAGGAAGGUAUAUCCCCAUCGCGCCUCCAGGAACUGCAAUCUCUUACACUCCGACGGAUAACGGAUCUCGUCUCCCCAUACGAAGAUAACCACUUCCCGCUGAGAAGUUAUGUGGAUUUCACGGGUCGAGUUUUUCAUCCUAAGCUUGAUCCUCCUACAUCAUCAGUCAACAUAGACUCAGGUCCAAACCCAGAAUUACAAGAGCGGGCAAGUCAAGCAGAAGGGUUGAAGGCUUUUACGGUAGGCGGGGUCUUCUUCCAACCCUUAGCGUCCAGCCCCCCCAACCAGGGUCAGGACAGUGACAACAAUCACAACACCUGGCUCCUGACUCGGCAACCAUACAUGCGCCGUCGCGAGCCAGUCCUCCGUUUCAACGUCAACCGGCCUCCUGCGCAAUCAAAACCAACGGAUUGUAGUCUGGAACAACAUGUUGAGUCCAUAUUUAAGGCCGAAUGCGAUAUUCCUUGGACGCUGUGGGACAAUCGCUUCUGGAUCCGCGCCUCAAUGAAACCUAUCUCGAAAUCGGAACCCAUCUCCCAGAAAGAGAGAGAUGGAGAGAAACCGAGUCAGCUCGUCAUCCGCCCACUCCGGCAAUCAGAUCUUACGCCUCUUAAACGACUAUAUAACAAGACCAAGACGAAGAACUCUCAAGCCCAAACCAGGAAGUGGUCUGAUAAGCCUAUCCACGAAUUCGAUGAAAAAGGCGGAGAGCGGUUAUCAUUCGACGCGGCAUUUUUCUUCUCAGUUAUCGACAGAGAAGCACCCGGUCCAUCUCGGUUUACUGUUCCUGUCCUCACUUUGGAGGAGGAAGGGGCUGUCGACGUGCCCCUGGCGCUGCCUACAAUGGACCUAACUUUCCCCGUGAUGGAUUCUGCGCCCUGCGUUUUGAAGUGGGAAUGGAGAUAUAAGAUGAUUGACCUUGAGACUUUGAAACUCAUGGGUCCGGCAUAA